GAGGGAGGGGUGCAGAUUGUUGUGUUGGAGGGUGAGAGGGGCAGACCUUGUUGUUUGACAGGUUAGGAGGCAGACCCUGGUGUCUGGGAGUUGCAGGGGCCCCUUGUGUUUGAGUUUGAGGAGUGUUGAAAGGACACAGUUUUUUUGGGGGGGAACAGCGGCUGCAGCUGAGGAUGGGCUGUAAGCCAGGCUGAUGGCCCAACACAUGGCUGUGGCAGACCUCUCAUCCCUGGAACAGCAGCUCUCCUGCUCCAUCUGCUUGGAAGUCUUUAGCCACCCCGUUAACCUUCCUUGCGGACACACGUUUUGCCAGCAUUGCAUCCAGAAAACCUGGGAUCACAAUGCCCUCAGCUCGGUCAACAUGUGCCCGCAGUGCCGGGCAGUCUUUGUCCCCACGCCCACCCUGCAGAAGAACAUUGUCCUCUGCGGGAUCGUGGACGAGUUCCACAGAAUGGGCCAGAUGGGUGCAAGGCCACCAACCCUGGCAGAUGACGUACCGUGCGAUUCUUGCCUCAGCUGGACCAAGGCUGCAAAGUCCUGCUUAACCUGCUUGUCCACAUUCUGUGAGGGCCACCUCAGGCCACACUUCGAGGGCGAGGCCUUUCGAGACCACCAGCUCAGCGACCCCGUCAAACAUUUGGACAAGAGACGAUGCAAAGUGCACUCAAAGCUCCUUGAGUUCUUCUGCAAGACGGAUCAGAUGUGUAUCUGUGGUCUGUGCAUCUUACACACACAUCGGGAUCACAAGGUCAUUACCACAGAAGAGGAGACCAAGGAGAAAAAGAAUCUUCUUCAGGAAGAAAGAAUAAGAAGGCAAAGUCAAAUCGAAGAUAUUAAUGCAGCGAUUCUCAAAUUAAAGGACAAUGCCUUGUCCAUCAAAGAAACUACAUGUCAGGUGAGAUCUGACAUCGAUAAGAACUUUGGCGAUCUUAUCAACUGCGUUAAAGAGUCGCAGAGCAUUGUAACAAACAUCAUUGAGAGUGAGGAAGCUGUUGCCUUGGCGCAAACCGACAGCAUCCAGAACUGGCUGCACCAGAGGUACUCUGGCCUCAAGAGGAAGACUGAUGAAAUAGACCUGCUCUUGAAAUCUGACAGCAUCCAGCUCUUAAAGGAAUUUCAAACUCUGGAAGAAAUGGAGACAGACCUUGUGUUACCCACACUGGAUACUGAUAUUGAUAAACAGCUUUCCAAUUUAAGGUGCAUAAUUGCUGAAUUGACAAAAGAUAUGAUGGACAAACUACUUGAAGCCUAUCGAGAGAAGCUACCUGCAAUUAAAGAAAAUGGAUCUUGGACGAAUAGCAACUUUCCCAAAUUGCCUCAAUACUCACAACUCGUAGCUUCUCAGCAAAUGGUUGCUUUUCAGUCUAUGCCCGCUGCUGGUCCCAGCCAUGCCCCUCAGCCUCUCCUGCCUCACGACUUUUGGCCAACUUCUUCAUUAACUGGUAUGGACAUGGGUGGCCGAUGUAUCAUUGCUCCAAGCAGGACUCUUGUCCCACCAUCAAUGCCAGCACCAACUCAAGUUAGGCGUCAGCCAUCUAGUGCAGCUGGAACGGAGCAGGAGCCCCUCACAGCUGCGAUGCUUUCAGGUCUCCCCUUCCAGGAACAGAAACAACGCUUGGGUGAACGGCUUUUCAAGUUAAUCCAUGUCUUGCAGCCUUACUUGGCGGGAAAGAUCACUGGCAUGCUGCUCGAGUUGGAUAACUUGGAACUGCUACACUGCUUAGAGUGCUCGGAUUCUCUCCACUCUAGGGUUGAUGAUGCUGUGUUGGCUCUACAGAGGUAUCAGGCUCAGAGAGACUUCCUUCUGAAAACCUCUAAACGGAAGAAAUAGGAAGCAACAAGCAAGCAGGACUUUUAUCAGCAUUUGUGGUAGCGCAGCUUGUGUCAAACAGCUGCUGUGGUGAUUAGCUUACAGUGAGGCUCAGCUGACGAAUGAAUGGUUGUCCUGGUGGUUUAUUGAAUAUUGGGACUGAAUUUUGAAACUAGUCUGCUAAUAUUGGAGUUUCUCCAGCUUUUUUGUGUAACCUUCGAUUCUCCAGCAUCUGCAGUUCCUUCUUAAACACUGCUAAUAUUGGAGAUUGGGUGGCUUCAAGAAUCGGAGUGCUCAAUCGGGAAGGUACUAGUAAAGUCUGAAGCCAGAUAAUAUGGGCCAGUACUCCACCAAACUAAAGCUGCCCACAAACGUGGCAUUGGUUAGUGUAGAAUUCUCAUUCUCAUUCUACUUGGUUACUGUGAAAAGCUGUCGGGAUGAAUGAAGCUGGAAUUGUUGACUGAUACACUGGAUAUUGUUUUCUGAGUCCAGUGGGAAGAAUUAUUUCUGAGGCUCAGAGUAGAGGCAUGUUAACUCUAUCCGAGGAGCACUAAAACAGAUCAUAUGGGAACUGAAUGAAAAGCAAAACAAAAUCUCUUGCAUUUCCCCCAGUUUGCCAUUCAUCUCUCGGUAGAAUGUGCCUUUUAAAUAAAUGUUGCUUUUUGAAAACUU